UAUGAGCACACAUCACGUGCUACAAUUCAGCUCUCAUUGGUAGCCAUGGAAACUUUUAACCUUUAACCUUUUUUUAAAGUUGUAAGAGAAAAUAUAAGUUCGAUCAUCAGUUUGAAACGUUUGCUUCUAAACGUUGGUUAUUACAGUUUAUUCCCAGGCUUCUGCCGAAUAAAAAUUACAACCAUGUUUUUAAAAGUUGUAAUUUUACUUUUAUGCGUUACUUACGCAGUUUCUGAAUACGUAAACUCUGCAGAUUGUCAAAAUACGACCGUUUUUAGCAAAAAUGUGCAAAUGGAAGUAUCUGAAUGCAACUCCGAACAUGAACAUUGCCCAUUAUAUCAAGGCACGGUUCAUAAAGUGACAUUCCAUUUUGAACCAACGAAAGAUUUCGCAUCCAAUACUGAUUUUCGAGUUCAUGGAGUAUUUCCGAAAUUCACAGUCCCCUACGGCAGAAGAGGUCAAGCUUGUGAUGGAAUCGUCGAUGAGCAAGAAGCAUGCAAAAAUAGUGGAUUCGUUACCUCCCAACAAUACAAGCAUGAAUCAACUUUUGCUGUGUCCAACACUUAUCCAAAGAUCAAGCUGCGUGUAAGAUUCUCGAUGUCUGAUAGAAAGACCAAAGAAUAUCUUCUGUGCAGAGAAGUUCCUGUUGAGAUCAAGGACCCUCUGCCCACACCUUCCCCACAGGAAAAUGAAGCAAAAUGAGCUUCAUAAUUCUAAAAAUGUACAUCUGUUUUUUUUUUGUACAGAACUGAAAAUUUUAAGCACAUCUUCAUAUUUGGGUAAUAUAGUGCCAAAAUAAAAUGACAUGCUUUAAAGAGAACUGAAGAAAAUCAAAAUUUUAUUUAACAAAAUGUUUAUAUUUUGGUCUCAUGUUUGUUGUUAACAUAUAAAACUGUGUUUUAAAAAAUGUCACAUUUCGUCCAUUUUUUGGAAAAUAAAAUCUUUUAAUGGAACUGUUA